AUGCUUCUCCUAACAAUAAUACUCGUCUGGGUGAUACCCGGACUGACUCUGCCCACCUCAACACCACCAGAAAGGAAGGCCGUUAACCCUGUGGCCAUCAUUCCAAUUAACAACGUGACCGGGACCAUCAUAGAAGCCACCGAUAGGAUAUCAAUCAAAUCUGCCAAGUGGACACUCAUCGCAUUCUUUGACCUCAGUCAAUUGGCACGAGAAAUCGAGACAGUUAAACAAGGUAUCCAAUCUAUAAAAAAAUGGUGCCCAACGGCAUACGAGGUCUGCCCCACGAUCAUACAAACGUUGCAACAGGAAGUGGCGAAAAUCCAAGAUGCAGAUCAGUUAAUGCAUCAUCAACGAUAUCGCGAAUGUGGACAACCACACGUCAAUUUUGGAUACCACCAUCAACAUUAUGAGGAGGACGACGAUCGAAACUCAGAAGAGGAUGCAGGACUUAGAAGCCAGUCUGGCCAGAAUCAAGGAAGACGACUACCCAUCACUAGUGAGACAACUCGAGAUGUAUAUCGGCUCGCGACCACUCGGGUACAAGAAACCGAAGACUUAUUAAUUUUCCAUACGAGCAUCCCAUUGGUCGAAGAAGACGAAUUCACGGUGUAUCGGAUGGAGCCAAUUCCUCAAAUAACGAGGGAAGGCUUGGUGAUAACCAAGACGGAAACUAGAUAUCUGGCAAUAGAUGACCACCGAAAACAUCACUUCGCAAUCAGUCUAGAACACCUUCAGCAGUGCAUCAGCGGGACGAACGGAAAUAAGGUAUGCGAAUUCAAGCAGACACUCUUUGGCCCGGAUGCCCAUCAACUUUCGUGUACAAUGGCAGCACUAUCAAGACAUCGGAUAGGGGAGUGUAAACCAGAGCCAAUCAAGGGGACCAAUUAUUGGGUUCAAUUGACAGAACAGAAUGCAUGGAUCUUUGGGACCACAAAGCCAAUAACAAUGACCUAUGUCUGCUCAGCCGAAAAAGAUCAAAUCAUCAUCGAAGGCGUGGGCAAACUGACAAUCAGGCCAGAUUGUGUGUCAAUUCAACUCAUCAGGAACAGUAAAGAUGUCAGGGAGCUAUGUUCACGAAAGACCACAGAAGGGCAAUUGGAGUCAACACUGGACCAGCUAGACCGACUACAUGCAGAGGUGCAGGGAUUAAAAACAUGGACGAAGCAGACGCAGGAAGAUGUGGACAACGAGGCAGGCUGGAAUCUGGCUCAUCAAUACUCCGGGGUAAUAAUGUUGGGAGUAGCGAUCCUCGUAGCCGCAUGGGCAGGGUGUGCCAGGGGUGUGAGGACACCCCAGCAACUGCACGAGGGCGGAGGGGACGGGCGGAACUCCACGAGAAUCAGGUCGCGGUCCUCCAUUCCUAGAGAGGCGGGGGUACCGCCGCGAGGCAUGAUGCGGCCAUCGUACCAGAAGUUGACAUCGGAACCGGAGGCUGCGACAAUAUUCGUCCAUAAACUCCAGUAUACAGGAGUCCCGAUCAUGACAGGCCCACUAUGUACGACCGUAGUAAGGACCAAUAACCUGAAAGAAGAGCAACGACAUGAUCAAAAGACAUACUGA